AGGCCGUCGGCCCAAAAACUGAUGCCCGACAGCCAUGCGGGACGCCCGGUGGGGGGCCGCCAGCUUCGCCCGAUGGCGCUCGGCGCCGCCGACGGGCGCGGCUACGCGAGCUUCGAGGCGCUGCUGCGGGGCGAGUUCGACGCCCCGCAGUCAGGUGAGGCGCCGCUGCCACCUCGACCGCGGCCGCUGUGGGACCCGCUCACAGGUCGGCGCUGCGGCUGGGAACUCGAGCCGCCCUCGCCAUGCGAACCGCCAGCGCCGCAGCAGCCGCCCGAGACUGGCCCGCCAUCUGAGGCGCCUGAGUCCCCGCACGCUUUCCGGCGUUGGGCGCCAGGGCCGACUUCGCCGGAUUCGCCAACGUCGCCAGGGGCGGGGGCCGACCCAUCGCCUUCGCAGGCAGCUCGGCGGCGCGGAGCGCGGCCGCCUCAGCUGUGCCCGCAGCAGUGCGUCGACAGCCUCGCGGAACCGAGCGAGUGGGAUCGUUGCGGCGGCGCGGCGCCCGUGGGUUCAGCGGCGGAGCUGGGCCGCAGGAUCUCUGGGGAGUGCGAGAGGCUGCGCGCGGUGGUCGGGGGCAUUGCGCGCGAGGCUGGCGUGGAGGCACCGCCAGAGCGCAGAAACUGCGCGCAGCACGCCGCUGGGGCCCAGGCGGUGGCGUGCGCCGCUCCUGGCCACGACCGGGCGGCUGGUGCUGAAGAGGGCGCGCCGUGGGGGCUCUGGCGCGCGUGGGCAGAGCGCCGAGGCGCGCUCGGCGACCCGUGUGCGGAGGUACGCGACCAGCUGAGGGCGAGCGUCGCGAACCUGGCACAGGCGCAGGCGCUGCAGGAGCGGGAGCUGGAGUCGCUCAGGUGGAAGCUGCAGGGGCAGGCGCGCAAGGCGAUCACUCUGAGCAUGCUGGCCUCUGGCAGCAAGUCCGACGACCUCUGCGAGCGGAUGGCGCGCGCCCAGCUGCACCACCGCAGGCGCGCCGCGACGGCGGCGCUCGGCGCUCGGCAGGUGGGCCACUUCAAGGUGCUGGGCAGCUUCCUCGGGCGCCUGCAGGCGGCCAGGGGUGCCUUCGGCGCGUGCGCAGGCCGCGACGCUGAGGAGUCUGCGGGGCCAGAUGCCGCCGCAGCCAGGGGGGGCGAAGAGCUCGGGCACCUGCUGGAGGGGCUGGCGGGCCACGGCCCGAGUGGAGGCACGCACAGGCGGCGCAGUAGCACGCUGCAGAGGCAGAAGGCGCAGGGCGACCUGUCGGGCGCGCUCGCGGGCGACCUGCUCGGGGGCGCCAGUCAGGCGCCGGGGAGCAGCGGGGGCGCGGAUCCGCUGUCGGUGCUGCAGGCCAGGGCGCAGGAGGUCGCGGCGGAGUGGGAGCGGGUCAGCGCCGCGUUGGGCGACCGGCAGGGGCGCGCCACCAGCUUUCAGAGGCUGAUCGACUUCGUCCACAGCGGGCAGGACUCGGUGGAGAAGUCCCUGGAGCGUGCCGCCAGGCUCUGGCGCAGGGAGCAGCAGCUGAUGCAGAGCCUGCUCGGGGAGGUGCGCGCUGGGUGCGAGGAUCUGGCCGACAAGUCGCUCCCCGCCAGCGAGGCGGUGGCCAACGCGUCGGACGACGCAGGGGGCGGCGUGCCCCCGCCCAGGCUGGACGCCCUGAGGCCCAUGCUCACCAGGCGGGCCCGGCUGACUGCGUCGCUGGUCGCCCUGUGGGGGCAGGUGGAGCUGCUCAGCGGCCACGGGCCCAGAGGUCCGGCGGCGAGGGACGCUGCGGUGGAGGGCUUCGCAGCGAAGCCAGACUCCAGCGGGCGCGGCGGCGGUUUCGGGCUCUCGGGGCAGCCCCUGUCGCCCGCGAGCCCGGCGCUGAGGGUCGGCUGGGUGGACCCUGGAGGCGCGCUAGCGGCCUGGAACCAGGAGCACCCCAUGCAGCAGGUGCGAGCGGGCGACAGCAUUGUUCUGAAGGACCGCCGCCUCCGCGCGGAGCUCCGCGACGCAGCCCGUGCCGCGGCUGGCGCCGUGGCAGUCGAGGCCCCUGGCGGCGGUGCCCUGACGAUGCUGGUGAUCCCUGGCGAGGACCCCUCGCUGGAGGGCGACGAGCUGCUGGGCGUGGGCGACGCCAGCGCCUGCCGCGCCGAGGGCGGCAGUGCAGGCGGCCCGCGGUCGCCACCCUCCCCCGGCCUGGCUCGCCUGGCGGCAGACUUCGAGGCGCUGCGCGCGCUCCACGCGGGAGAGCGGCGCGGCCGACGCCGCCCGGGCGAGGACCUGAUGGGCGCCGUCCGCCAGGCCGACGCAGGAGGUGGCUCGGAGGCCGACCGGUCGCUGCUGCGGGACGUGUUAGGCUUCGCAUCCUCCCUGAAGAGCGCGAUCGCAGACGCGGCUGACCGUUCGGACAGCUAUGUCGCUGGCGCGCGGCUGCCCCCCGAGCACGCAUCGGAGGCCCUGGCGGAGGCCGCUGAAGCCGAUGGGUCCCGCCGGCGCCGUGCGGUGGAGGAGGCCCCGGCGGCCGCCGCCAGAGGCGAGGAGGCGGCAGGCGAGGGCCCGCGGCCCGGCGGGGAAGCCGGUGGGCCGCCCGGGACAGACGAGGAUGCCAGCGUCGGCGCCGCAGCGAGCCUCUCGUCGGCGCCCGACGCCGUCGCGGGCCCGCGGCCUCCGCAGGCCGCAGACCCGUCGCCCGCGGAGCUCAGCAGUGCCCGGGCCGCAGCCGGGUGCCAUGCUGGGAGAGCAGAGGCCGGCCCGCGCCAAGCCAGCGUCAUCCUGAGUGAGCCAGAG